GAGGUUAUGUUCUGUGACAGCAGUAUAGAACAACAGUCAUCGCUAAAUCAGUGGAGUUGUAGUUGCGGAAUAAACUGAAAAUCUUCUAUUGAUUUUUGUUAAAAUUCAAGAAAUAUAAAUUAUUAAAUGUACUAGUUUAGCUAAACUUUAAGAUCAUUUAUAAAACUUCAUAGUAAAGUGCAAAGAUGUUUCGAGCUACAAAGUGCCCAACAGAAGAAUUGUCAUUGAGUAAUUGUGCUGCGGUUAGUCCUGGAGAUUUUCCAUCUGACUGCUCACAUAUAUUAGUUAACACGGGCGGAAACCAAAACUAUGUUUUUUCAAUUCAAAGACAUCCAGAUCUAUCAAGGGGUUACAUAGGAUUCAGCUUACCCCAGAGAAAAUGGGCAGUUUUAUCAAUAGAUCAAGAACUGGAUGUUAAACCAUAUUAUUUUAAUAGCAAUGAUUGCUUAUGUACCAUUGUUCUAGAAGCAGAUUUUAUGCAAAAGAAACAGACUACUCUGGAAGCAUAUGACACUGAUGCAAUGGCUCAAGAAUUUCAAAAUAAGUUUACAGGGCAAGCAUUUACAGUUGGUCAAUUACUUGCCUUUGCUUUUAGUGAUAAAAAACUAUUGGCACUUACUGUAAAAGACUUGGAAGCUGUUGAUAUAAAUGCCAUUAAACAAGGAAAACAAGCCAAACCUCGAAAAACAAAAAUUGGUUACUUAUUAGCCAAUUCAGUUGUUCAAUUUGAAAAAGCACCCAAUUCUUCACUAAAUUUAACAGGAAAAUCCAAAGGGAAACAUCAGAGGACAUCGAUUAUUAAUCCUGAUUGGGACUUUCAGAAGAUGGGUAUUGGAGGAUUAGAUAAUGAAUUUAAUGCAAUAUUUCGUAGAGCUUUUGCUUCAAGAGUUUUUCCACCAGAGAUUGUAGAGCAAUUGGGAUGUAAACAUGUAAAAGGUAUAUUGCUGUAUGGUCCUCCUGGUACUGGUAAAACUUUAAUGGCUCGUCAAAUUGGUAAAAUGCUGAAUGCCAGAGAACCAAAAAUUGUUAAUGGUCCUCAAAUUCUUGACAAGUAUGUUGGUGAAUCAGAAGCAAAUGUUCGAAGAUUAUUUGCUGAAGCAGAAGAAGAAGAAAAAAGGGCUGGUCCAAACAGUGGGUUACACAUCAUAAUAUUUGAUGAAAUUGAUGCUAUUUGCAAACAGAGAGGUUCAGUUGCAGGAAAUACUGGUGUUCAUGAUACAGUCGUUAAUCAACUUCUUGCAAAAAUUGAUGGUGUGGAACAACUGAAUAAUAUUUUAGUCAUUGGAAUGACAAAUCGUAGAGAUAUGAUUGACGAAGCUUUACUUAGACCUGGUAGAUUAGAAGUGCAGAUGGAAAUUAGCCUUCCAAAUGAGGAGGGUAGACUCCAAAUAUUGAAUAUACAUACUGCCCGAAUGAGACAGUAUGGAAAACUACAUCCAAAUGUUGAUAACAAAGAACUUGCCCAAUUGACAAAGAAUUUUUCGGGUGCAGAAUUGGAAGGGUUGGUUCGUGCGGCUCAGUCAACUGCAAUGAAUAGGUUGAUUAAAGCUACCUCAAAGGUGGAAGUUGAUCCUGAAGCAAUGGAAAAGUUGAUAGUGAUUCGAGAGGAUUUCUUCCAUGCAUUAGAACAUGACAUUAAACCUGCAUUUGGAACGGCCCAGGAAAUUUUAGAUCAGUUCUUAGCGAGAGGAAUCUUUAAUUGGGGUCCCCCUGUUACUCAUUUGUUGGAAGAUGGCCAUCUCUUUAUUCAACAAGCAAAAUCUGGAGAUUCAGGCUUGGUGUCCGUUUUGUUAGAAGGUCCCCCCAAUUCAGGAAAAACUGCCUUGGCAGCGCAGCUUGCAAAAGACUCUGAUUUUCCAUUUAUUAAAGUUUGUUCACCUGAAGAAAUGGUUGGAUAUACUGAAACUGCCAAGUGUUUACAUAUAAGAAAAGUUUUUGAUGACGCUUAUAGGUCUACCCUUAGUUGCGUUUUGGUUGACAAUAUCGAAAGAUUGUUAGAUUACGGACCUAUUGGACCCCGCUACUCUAAUUUGACUCUCCAAGCUUUAUUAGUGUUAUUAAAAAAGCAGCCACCUGCUGGAAAAAAACUGCUCGUGUUAUGCACUAGCAGUCGAAGACAGGUAUUGGAGGAUAUGGAGAUGUUGCCAGCAUUCACCGCAGUUUUACACGUACCGAAUUUGUCUCGCCCGGAACAUUUGUUAGCAGUAUUAGAAGAAGCCGACGUAUUUUCAAAGCAAGAAAUGGCGCAAAUAGCCAAAAUGAUUCAGGGAAAAAAAGUUUUUAUUGGUAUAAGGAAAUUAUUGGCUUUGAUUGAUAUGGCAAGGCAAACUGAAGAUCAUCAUCGCAUCAUCAAGUUAAUCACUAAGCUCGAAGAAGACGGCGCACUGGAAGGCGGGGAUUGAGGACCCUGAAAUCACGCAGAUUUAGGGAAUUUUAACAGUAUGAGAUGGGAUUAUACCUUAGUUGAUUUUAUUGAAGAUCUAGUCUAACUCUAUAAUAAAUUAGUUAUGAUUUUUACUGAGAACAUCAAAUCACGGUAACGGUGCAUUUGAUCUGAAUGUUCUAAAAAUGUAAGCAAUAAUAAUUCAUUGGUUAAAAAAUGUUUAAAUGCAAUUUUGGAACUUUCAGGUUAAAUAAAUAGAAACAACAUAUUUUUUUAUGGUAUUUAUUUUUUUAUGUUCUAAUUGCAUGUUAAAUUAAGAAAUUAUGAAGACAUUCCUUAUGCUAUUAGCACAUCAAAACAAAAUAAAAUACCCACGAAGGUAUAAAAAUUGGUUCCUUAUUAUGAUAUAUUUUGAUUAACUAGUAAAAUAAUACCGAAAAGAAACUUAUUUAAUUUACUAUUAUUUCUGUAUAGUGUUAAAUUGUUUAUUAUGUUAUUAUUGUUUUAUAUAUUAUUAGCUUAUUAAAAAAAAUUGAUGUUUCGUGAGACUUUUUAGAGUUUGUUUUUUUCAUGUAAGUUUCAUUAUUAUUGCAUUACCUUUUAUUCCAAUGGUUAGUUGAAAUAUUUUAUUUCUUGUGAUUAGUGAAAAUUAAAGUAACAAUUGACUUGUUUAAAUUAAUUUGUUUUAUCUAAUUACGUUUUAGAGUACUGUUAAGAAAUGAAAUUUAACACCACUAAAAUCAUAUAACAAGUUUUUCGCAAUAAGAGUAAUAUAUAUUCCAAAAAUGCAAAUAUUUAUGCUAAAUUUGCUUGCUUAUCUUGUGCUGUAACAAGUAUUGUCAUUAAAAACGACGACAAAAAGUUGUUACUUGAUGGGUACACUAAUUUCAAAUAUUUGGCGUCACAAAUGAAAUGUAUAAUUCUUAGGUUUUUGUUUUCAUUGUAGCUUUUAAUAAUUUUUAUUGAUAGUAUCAUACUAGUGAUAUUUAUCAUUUAUUGAAUUUAAGAUCUCAUUACUGACAGACGUCAAGCUUCUCAUUAAAAAGUUCGUGUUUAUUAUAGUACAUAUAUAUAGUAGAAUGUUUAAUAUGUAUGUAUAUUGCAGUACUUAAUAUUCCAAUUUGAUUGGAUUUUUUUGAAGGUUUCGUAGAAUAGAUCAGAGAAAUUAUUGUCAAAUGCGUAUUGCAAACGUAGUAAUGCGUUUUUUAAAGGACUAGGGUCGAAGGGAGUAUGAGAAAGGUCCUAAAAAAGUUUUUAGAAAACAAACAUCGUUAUUUAGGCCAUUUUCAUACUCUUAUCAUACUUGUCUUUAAUGCAAAUUAAAAUUUAAAAAGAAAACCAUAGAACGCUGGUUCUGGUUCGCCUCACUGAAAGAUUGAUUGGUUUCUAAAAUACUGUUGCGUCUCCCCCCCCCCACCAGGUCAUUCUCAAAAUAGAAAUUCUGUUACUGUGGAACUGUACAAUAAUAGAAUUUCUCCCUUUAAAUAAAUGUUUCACAAGGAAUGCUAUUUAGAUUCUAUCGUUUUUAUAUAAGAGAUUAUACAUUUUUUUUUGUAUUAUCUUAAAAUAGUUCAUCAAAGAUCUUUUAAAGGUUGUUACAUUGUUGACGUAAAAAUGCUAGUUUCUGUACGUUUUGCACGCAAAUAUUUAUUUUAAGGACAUUCUGUUAUGAACCUUUUUUAAUGUUGUGUAUAUAGAAAUUUAAAUAUACAUUACGUUUGUAAAUGUG